CUCAAAAAUGGCUCAACAACGCGUCGGAGCGUCUGGUAACAAAUACCGUUUGACCCUCGGUUUGCCCGUGGGUGCGGUCCUCAACUGCGCCGACAACAGUGGGGCGAAAUCCCUCUUUAUUAUUGAGCCAUAUGGAUUCGGAUCGCAUCUGAACCGACUUCCUGAUGCUGGUGUUGGUGAUAUGGUCGUUGCAUCUGUGAAGAAGGGAAAGCCCGAGUUGAGGAAGAAGACUAUGCCUGCUAUUGUUGUCCGCCAACGGAAAGCUUGGCGUCGGCGGGAUGGUGUUUUCCUCUACUUUGAGGACAAUGCUGGCGUUAUUGUAAACCCCAAGGGUGAAAUGAAAGGAUCUGCUAUUACUGGUCCUGUUGCGAAAGAAUGCGCGGAUCUCUGGCCGCGUAUCGCAGCCAAUGCCGGUACAGUGGUAUGAUUUGGAGCAUGUCGGUCGCAGUCCCUCUUCUGUUAUUGCUGUAAUAUGCCUACAUGAUACCGCAAAAUCCAUAUUGCAUGCCUCCAAUCCCGUGAGCUCUCAAGUUGUCCGUUUGUUGCAGUAUGCUGUAAUGCGACAUCUUCUCAUAAACGAACCAAUACCUAAACGACUAGUGAGUGUCUGCUAGGCCGUUGCGUCUCGCUCUUGGCCAAUUCCAAGAAGCAUUGCGGAAUAUGGACAGGCGAUGUGAGCAAUUUCGAGACGAUGGUUUGG